AUGGCGCCGUCAAACCAGCACCGCUGCCUGGACUGGCUGUCUGAAGCGACUGCCAGUCUAAUACUGGUGCGGCAAGACGACUACGAGUUGGAAGACCUGCGCAAGGACGUUCUGAAACGACGAGAUACCGCCAUCCUUGCUUGUGCUGUGGAGAUUCUGGUCUCCGUUGCGAGCAUGGCUCUGUACGACAUCAGGAGGAGCAUAAUUGUUCCCAUCGCAAAUACGGUUCUGGCCAUCCUUGCAAGCAUUGGCCUCUUUGGGGCCCUGGCCCUUCAGCUGCCCAAGAUCCAGGUACAUGGCGUUGUGACUACGGGCUUGCUCAUCGCAUGCUUGGUGAACUUCGUCUGUGAGGCUCUGCUAACCAAUGCGGGCAUGGGAACGGACACGUUGCCGGGAUGGCUCGUGCUCUUGUUCCUUUUGGUACCGUACAGCAUCAACCUGGCUUGCUCCAUUCUGAGCGUGAUGCUCGGCCCGGAACUCGAGCAACUCGCAACGAUGAUGGCAGUGCACAGGGGGAUCGGCACAAUCGGGGAAAGCAGGCUUCUGAAGCCGCUCCUCAAAGGAACUGUGAGCCCAUACCUGGACUGCUCGUCCCAAAGGAACAUCUGA